AAUAAUGGCAUUCGUGACUCUAAGAAGGUACACCACUGUUGACUGUUCCAGACUUCCAGUUGAUUAUUAACUUUCGUGCCGACCUGUACCGACUAGACGUCCGCGAUGAAUAUUAUUCCAAGGUUUGGAAGACACUUUAAAAAUGGAUUGUUCAACAUGUCUAAAAAGUAUACUACCCCAAGUGCCACUCCAUCGAACCCCCCGCCUACAAAUUCAACGCCUUCAUUCAAUUCAAAUGUUAAACUCCCACUUACAAAUACAAGAAAAAUCAUGUGUGUCUGGGCUAAACGAUAUCCGUCACUGAAAGAUGUUCCAGAUCAUGUCACACCUGAAGUAUGGAACAAAGUUCGUUCUGUUGUACGAAUCAAAGUGGCUAACUAUACAAUGCUCUUAAUAAUUUUGGGUUGCAUUGCAAUGGUUAUUACUGGCAAGAGAGCUCGUGACCGCGGUGAGACAAUAAUGCAAAGAAACUUGGAUUGGCAUCAAAAGUACUCAGAAGGAAAAGAAGACUCAAAGAGUAUUGGUGUGUUUGGAAAAUAAUUAGUCUUAAAAAUAUUAAUUUUAUGUAUCCAUAUUAUUUGAUUGUUAAAUUAUGUUUUAUUUCUUUUAAUAGCUAUUAUACAAGUCCAUUUUAAGAAAAAAUGUAUAGUUAUUAGUCGAUGCUUUUUUAUGUGUUCACCAAGUUAAUAAAAUCAUAAAUAUAUUUUUUAAUUAAAAAAAAAAUAAAAUCAUUAAUUUACUUA